AUGGCUAGUGAGAAAGGAUGUGUGGAAAUCCCUAUGAUUAUGUAUGAACCCCACCGUGAACCCUACAGGCAGGAGCCCUCUGCACCAGAGUACUACAGCCAAGAGGGUGGUUAUGAGUAUCCUCCUCCUCCACCGUACUCCUGCCGAGAAACAGCCACCAUUGAGCAACCAGUUUACUUGGUAUCUCAGCCUCCGAUCAUCCUAGCAGGAAUCUUCUCAAGCAAACCAACAUCCACAAUAUGCCCUUCCUGUCGCCAGCACAUCACCACACAGGUCACCUACAGACUGGGCAGGCUGUCUUACCUUCUGUGUGCCAGCCUGUGCAUGGUUGGGUGCUGUUGUGGAUGCUGCUUUGUACCUUUCUUCGUGAGGAUGUUCAAGGACGCAGACCAUUACUGCCCAUGCUGCCACUUUCAUAUUUACAGAUAUAAAAGGCUAUAG